AAGCGAUCAUGGGUUCUUCUUCUAGAAAUCUUUAUGCAGGAAUUGGAGAAGGUCAAUCAACCUCUAGGCCACCGCUUUUUGAUGGCACCAACUACACAUACUGGAAAGAGCGGAUGAGAAUUUAUAUCCGCUCAACCAACUUUUAGUUGUGGUUGGUCAUCAAAAAUGGCGAAGAAAUUCCAAUGAAGAAGGUCGGUGAAAAACUCGUCCCAAAGACCGAGGACGAAUUUGAUGCCGAGGACAUCAAAAAGGUAGAGAAGUACGCCAAGGCGAUCAACAUGCUGUACUGCGCAGUCAACCCAGAUGAUUAUCGCAAGAUCUCUUGCUGCACCAUUGCCAAAGAAAUGUGGGACAAGCUGGAAGUCACAUAUGAAGGUACGGACCAAGUUCGGGAAGCCAAAAUUGACUUUCUGACGCAGGAAUACGAGAUGUUCAGAAUGAAGGAAGGCGAAAAGAUCGAUGACAUUCUCACACCCGAAUGGAGAUCAAAGGCUGACGCAAUCUACGAAUCCAUCGGAGUCUCCAAUGUCACCAUCGACGGGCUAAGAGGUAACCUCAAAACUUAUGAAUCUACUAUUUUAACCCCGUCUUUGGAUGAACAAAAGAAGAAGGGAAUAGCACUGAAAGCAACCAAGGAGACCGUGGAAGAAGACUCAAGCGAUGAUGACAACGAGUUCGGACUCGUCAUCAAGAAAUUCCACAAAUUUAUGAAGAAGGAAUUUCAGCGCAAAGGUAGGAAGAAUGAUGGACCCCCGAAGUGCUAUGGCUGCGGUGAGAUAGGCCACAUCAAGCCGAGGUGUCCAAAAGGCAAAAGCGGCAAGGACAAACCUGGUUUCAAAAAGCAACGCGGCUACAUCUCAUGGGGUGCCGACUCCGGAUAUGAGUCAACGGAUCAAGAAGAGGAAGAAGCCGCCAACCUCUGUCUCAUGGCACACGAAGACCACGUCGACGAAGUACAAGAGAAGAAGACCAACGUCGAAGCAACGUCCUCUGCGCCCCAGCCGUUUCCGUACCUGGACGGAUCCUUCCUCGAAUUUGGCUCGGAGGAAGAACUUACUCGAUUCAUCACCCACUUCGCCAAACGCCGUAUCUCUCCGCCAAGAGUGCUGCCCGAGUUGUUUCCUCAGCAAAAGGGAUACCAUGACCUCGACAAUCAACUCAAAAAGUCGGUUUUGUGGCCCUUCGUCUCCAAGAGCUGCACCUCCUUCAAUCCCGCCUAUGUCCGGGCCUUCUACUCCAAUCUCCGCCGGGAUGGGGACACUAUUCGCAGUAGCAUCAAUCUCUACGAAUUAGAGUUUGAUUUGGCUACCUUUGCUCGGGUUGCAGGCUUGCCCACUCGCGGUGACGACAUCGCGACAUAUGGUGGCGAUGAUUGGAUUCUCAACAACGAGGCGGUGGUCAUCCAAGAGCUUGGAAUCACCAACCUCAUCCGACCCAGUCGGGCUCCAGCCCCAGCUCCCGCCAAGGCCUCCUUACAGUCCAUAGCUGAUACCCUGAAUCGGCUAACCAUCACCGUGGAUGGAAUGGGCCAGUACCUAGAGAGGAUGGACUGGACGCUGCAACGCCAACACCACGACAUGAGGGCGUUCUUCCGCGGCAUCAACUACGUCCCGCCGCCCUUUAACACCACCUUCCUCGGCCAAAACUAUGAAGGCGAGGACGAGGAGGAUAACUCCUAUGCUCCGUCCUCCUCCCCCGACGAAGCCGACUUUGAGGACGCGGUCGACAGGGAUCCCAUGGAUGUUGAGGACGACGAGGAUGACGAUGACGGCGAGGACGAGGACAAGGACGCCGCUGCCUAGACUCUUCCUUCUUCCCUACUUUAAUUGCUUUUUUUAUCUUUUUCAAUUCCGUUGUAUUCCGAAUGUUCUCCUCUUUUAAUGAAUAAAAGUUUACUUUUAAAUUCUAAAAGUUCACUUUUAAUUCUUUUUGUUAAUGUCAAAAGGGGGAAGAUAUCAAGGUUAUGCAUAAAUUGAGGGGGAAUUU